AUGGCCCGUACCCACAACGCGGGACUGGCCAAGAAGUGGGCGCCACUGAAGGUGAAGAAGAAGAAGACCAGCGAGGCGUACAGCUCGGAGUGGACGCCAGCGGCGCCAGCGUCCCGUCAAUGCGCAGCAUUCGGUGAGACGCUUGCCAGCCAACGGAUGAGGACAGUCAGCGACGGGCCGCGGCUGUUGCUGCUGCUACUGCUGACGGCAGCGCUGGCAAGCGGGCGGCCGCAGGAGAGCUUGGUCGGCCAUGCAAGCCAGCACCAAGAGCUGGCGGUCGUGUCGGGCCGCAGCUUGGUUCCCGUGCGCACGCUGGACGGCGACGUGGCCUGGGUAGAGGCGCGCUUCCUGAACGAGACGCACGUGAGGAGCUUCAAGCACCAGUCCAAGCCGUUUGCAGUCGUCGAGAAGGUGUCCAUCAUCAUGCCCGUUUUGACGUUCCUUGUGCCUUUCUUGGUCUGGGUGUUCUGCAUGGUGAUCUGCCUGCAUCGGUCGCACCAGAGGCACUCCUACUACUGA